CCACUCUCUGUCCUUCAAUCCCUGCGCAUCUCCCAGAGCCCUAUCGAUGUCGACCAACUCCAGAACUCGUGCCCAGCGGUGUGUGGAAGCCCGGUGGAAGAGACUUCUUGGUUGCAAGGAUGAAGCGAUCUCUCUGGAAUCUGCCCUCCGUAUGGGCUUCUAUGCGACGAAGUUGGACUUGGAACAUCCCUCCAGUGAUUUCUUCGAACCGUUGACAGAUGAAUACAUGCAGAAUUACCCCGUCCUGACGGAGACGGUUGCUGCGAUGGAGAGCAAACAGCCCGAGAUGUACAAGGUUGAGGAAUAUAACCCUGAGACCGCCGAGGCCGCGAAAGUGUCCGAGUCCGUCCUUGACCGCAUCGCCUGGUCGACGUCUUCCCGGGUCCAGCAAAUUACGUUGGUCCUGAAAAACCUCAUUUACCAUCUCCCGCGGGAGAAUACGCCCCAGGGAACAGGUCCUUCGUUGGCGAAUUUUUCCAUUUGGUGCCAGGCCUGUCGUCCCGUGCCCUUGUCAGACGCCUUCUACAUCAACGACCCUCCUCUCACAGACAGAGCUGCCAAGAUACGCCUAUUAUUCGAAGUGGAGACUUAUGUCUAUCCACACAUAAUCAUGCUCGUCGAGCAUUAUACCCCCGAGCCCGUGACUGAUCAUAUUCUUCUGCGUCACGAGCUCGCUUUCCUGAUCCGCGCAAUGGAGAUCCGUCUAGACGAGGGGUGCUUCCCGAAAGAUCAGCCCCAGCCAGUCCUCAUGGUAUCGUUGGUAGGGCCGCAGCAUGGGCGGAUAAUCCAAGCGCACAUUGACGGGACGCCCAGGAUGGUGGUGGCAUAUAGCCGUCUCUAUAGCUUCGAGAAGAAUGAGGGUGCGCCGUUCGACCUGUUCUGCCGUUGGCUGUUGGCGAACCCGGUGGGGGUGGAGCCGGCUCAGGCGAAGGAGAAGUAGUGCCGGUACUUUCGUCAAAUCAGAUCAAAUCAAAUCAAGUUCUUUGAAUAGUAG